AGCAGCACCGUGAACAAUUGCCUACGCCCACGUCGUUUGACAGCCCUGCCUGGAAAAUUCCCUGUCAACCAUCCUCGGCCAGGAAUCAAUUUCGCCAUGACGGAGUUUACCGAGGCCGACACCAUCCGCAUCCUGGUGGCUACAGAUAACCACGUCGGCUACGAAGAACGAGAUGCUAUUCGCAAGGAUGACAGUUGGAGGACCUUUGACGAAAUUAUGAGGAUUGCCAAGACCGAAGAUGUACUGUCCGUCUCCCAAUCCCUCUUUCUCCGCUGACACACUUGCUACAGGUCGACAUGGUGCUCCUCGCUGGUGACCUUUUUCACGAUAAUAAGCCCUCCCGAAAGUCGCUCUACCAAGUCAUGCGAAGCCUUCGCCAAAACUGUCUCGGCAUGAAACCAUGUCCUCUCGAGUUCCUCUCCGAUGCUGCCUCUGUGUUCGAGGGCGCAUUCCCCCACGUCAACUACGAAGACCCCGAUAUCAACAUUUCCAUCCCAGUCUUUUCCAUCCAUGGCAACCACGACGACCCGUCCGGCGAUGGAAACCUCUGCUCACUUGAUCUAUUACAAGCUGCUGGUUUGCUAAACUACUAUGGCAGAGUCGCAGAGGCAGACAAUAUCGAAGCCAAGCCCAUCCUGCUACAAAAAGGCAAUACUAAACUGGCCUUGUUUGGACUUAGCAACGUUCGAGACGAAAGACUAUUCAGAACAUUCCGAGAUCACAAAGUCAAAUGGUUUCGCCCCAAUGCGCAAACAGGAGACUGGUUCAACCUCUUGGCGGUGCAUCAAAAUCACCACGCACACACAGCCACAUCCUAUCUACCCGAAAAUGUCCUACCUGACUGGCUGAACCUUGUCGUUUGGGGCCACGAGCACGAGUGCUUAAUUGAUCCCACCCGCAACCCUGAGACCGGAUUCCAUGUGAUGCAGCCCGGAUCAUCAGUUGCGACUUCUUUAGUUCCGGGAGAGGCAGUGCAGAAACAAGUUGCCAUUGUAGAGAUUACUGGCAAGGAGUUCAAAACACAAAAUAUUCCUCUCAAAACCGUUCGCCCAUUUGUUACAAAAGAGGUUAUUCUUCGAAAUGACAAGCGCUUCAAGGAUCUCGAGAAGAAAAAGGACAACAGACAGGAAGUGACCAGGCGGCUCAUGGAGGUCGUUGAAGAAAUGAUUGAACUCGCAAAUGCAGAUUGGGAGGCCCUGCAGACGGAUCAAGAGGCCCUUGAGGAACGACCUUUACCAUUGAUUCGACUCAAGGUGGAAUAUACCGCCCCAGAAGGUGGCUUAUACGAGUGCGAGAACCCUCAGCGCUUCUCAAAUCGAUUCGUCGGCAGAGUUGCCAAUACUAACGAUGUCGUUUACUUUUACCGCAAAAAGACGGUGCAGCGAAAAGCUACUGCUGUCACGCCCACUGAUGCCAUGGACAGCCUCGCCGACAGCUCGGACUUGGUCAAAGUGGAAUCCCUGGUCCAAGACUUUUUGUCUGCUCAAUCACUCAAAGUGCUUCCCCAAGGCCCCCUAGGUGAGGCUGUAAACCAGUUUGUCACCAAAGAUGACAAGCACGCCAUGGAACUGUUCGUCUCAGAACAUCUGUCUGGACAGGUUAGACAGAUGCUUGGGCUCGAAUCAGACGACGAGGACCUCAACAGCGCAAUGGAAAUCUACCGGACACGAGUUGAGCAGCAGCUCAACAGUGGCGUUCAUAAGCCCACCAUUGACAGGCAGCGAGUCUUGCUUCCGCAGCCAGCUACAUGGGACAAUGACUUUGACGGAAACUGGGAAGACGAGCCGAACGCUUGGACAUAUGCUCCCGUCGAAAGCUCGGCGCCUCUUAGUACCGCACGUACUGGAACUAUGCCGUUCUUGGACGACGAUGAGGACGAUACACAACCAGCAGCACCACCCAAGAAGCCGACAAGAGCAACAAAAGCAGCACCAAAGCGGGCGCCGGCAAAGAAGGCGGCCACAACCGGUAAGGGGCGUGGUCGUAAGGUUGUAGAAGAAAGUGAGGAGGAAGAGGAUGUUGUGAUGGACUCGGACGAAGAAGAGGCGGCACCUCCUCCGCCGCCGCCAAAGACUACGAGGAAAGCAGCCGCGCCAAAGGCAAAGCCUGCUCCCCGAGCUGCUGCCACAAGAGCUUCAGCCAGAUCGAAGCAGACUACCUUGACAUUUUCACAAAAGGGCUCUACUCAGCAGAAUUCAGUCGAAAUUAGUGACGACGAAAUCUCAGACGACGACGCCUUUGAGCCUGUACCGGCAUCCUCGCGGCUCAGGAGACGUUGAGCGUGCUGUGUGCAUUGUACAUUUUUGCAUCUCGCUUAUACCUAGUAAUAUAUUUAACGAGUUAUGAAUACAUGUUUCUGCCGUCCAUUGAUGCGUUAUACGAGUGUAAUCAUAAUGUCAAAAAAAAAUAAUUAAUAAAGUAUUGGUCUAAUUUUUUAUAAUCUGGUUGUUGUACCAAAAAUGUAAAAAGAGCCAAAAAAAAAAAAGAAGGGUGCUACUCUUAGAGUAGUGGCGGAUCUCUCCCGCCGGGAAUUGAACCCGGGUCUCGAGCGUGACAAGCUCGCAUACUGACCACUAUACUACGGAAGAUGUUUCCAGGUGUUGAACACCUGUUGUAGA